CCCCGGAGCCUCCCGCGUCAAAGCUUUGACGAGCGAAAGCCAAGCAGGUUCGCUUCUGAGUGCGGAGAAGAUGGCCACAGUACCAGGGCAGCUCGUGUGGGAAAUUGUGAAGAAGAACAACUCUUUCUUGGUGAAGGAGUUUGGUAGGGGGACUCAGAGCGUGCAGUUCAGUAAAGAGAGCAACAAUCUCUACAACCUUAACUCUUUCAAGUACUCUGGUCUUGCAAACAAGAAAACUAUUACUAUUCAGCCUAGUGGCAAAGAUCAAUCUGUGCUGCUGGCAACGACCAAGACAAAGAAGCAGAACAAGCCAGCUGCAUUGCUUCAUAAGUCUGUCAUGAAAAAGGAGUUCAGAAUGAUGGCAAACGCCAUAAAAAACCAGGUGGCAGACAACUACUACAGGCCUGAUCUUAAGAAGGCAGCCCUCGCGAGGUUGAGUGCUGUUCACAGGAGCCUCAAAGUGGCCAAGUCUGGUGUUAAAAAGAGGAACAGACAGGCUCUGAGGAUUGCUGGUAGGAAGUGAAUCAAGAAGUUAUAUUGCAGCCAACCCCCAUUUUGCCCCUUGUAGUUUCAUUGUUGUUUCUCCCCCCUGAGGAUUGCCUCUUGUAGUUGCCAAGUCUAGAUUGAGUUUUGUUACGGUUGGCGAAUUUUUUUUAUUCUUAAUUUUGGAUCGAAACUACUAUGUUAGAGCAUGUGACUUGAUUGAUUUGCUUGCAUCAUGAUAAAAUUACUGCAAUUGCUUUUUGGCUAUUGAUAUGAUAUAAUAUAAAAUGGCAAUGUAAAGCUUGAUAUUGUAUCAAAA